GGGGAGAGAGAUGUCUUAAAUUUUCUAUAUUUAUAGAGCCGAGAGUUAUUUAUUUUCCUAAAAGACCCCAAAAUGUCCUCGUUCGCAAAAGAUUUUAGCAAAGCAAUGUCGCAGGCCGGCACUUCCCAGUUCCAGGAGGCGAUCAGACAAGAACUGGAAUUUUCUAUGAAGGUGGAACUGGACAAGAUACUUUCGACUGCGCCACAGAAUGAGAUAGAGCACACUAAAAAAGACCUGGAAGGUUUUAAGAAGCUGUUUCACAGAUUCUUACAAGAAAAGGGGCCGUCCGUGGACUGGGGGAAGAUCCAGAGACCUCCAGAAGAUUCUAUCCAGCCCUACGAGAAGAUCAAGGCGAGAGGACUGCCCGACAGCAUCGCCUCGGUUUUAAACAAGCUGGUCGUAGUGAAACUGAAUGGCGGCCUGGGCACCAGCAUGGGGUGCAAAGGCCCCAAAAGCCUUAUCGGGGUGCGGAAUGAAAACACCUUCCUGGAUCUCACGGUUCAGCAGAUCGAGCAUCUAAAUAAAACCUACAACACAGAUGUUCCUCUGGUACUAAUGAAUUCAUUCAACACCGAUGAAGACACGAAGAAGAUCCUGCAGAAGUACAGCCACAGUCGUGUGAAGAUCUAUACUUUCAAUCAAAGCAGGUAUCCACGAAUUAAUAAAGAGUCGUUGCUGCCGAUCGCAAAAGACGUGUCUUAUUCAGGCGAGAAUACGGAGGCCUGGUAUCCCCCGGGUCACGGGGACAUCUAUGCAAGUUUCUACAAUUCCGGAUUGCUGGAUAGAUUCAUCAACGAGGGGAAGGAGUAUAUGUUUGUGUCCAACAUCGAUAACCUCGGCGCCACCGUGGAUCUCUACAUUAUGAACCACCUCAUGAACCCGCCGAACGGGAAGCGGUGUGAAUUUGUUAUGGAAGUCACAAACAAAACGAGGGCAGACGUUAAGGGCGGCACGCUCACGCAAUACGAGAACAAACUGCGGCUGGUGGAAAUAGCGCAGGUGCCAAAACCGCACGUCGACGAGUUCAAGUCUGUUUCCAAGUUCAAGAUAUUCAACACAAACAACUUGUGGAUCUCGCUGACGGCGAUUAAGCGGCUGCAGGAACAGAACGCGAUCGAUAUGGAGAUUAUCGUUAAUCCAAAGACUUUGGACGGUGGCUUGAACGUCAUUCAGCUGGAGACCGCCGUCGGUGCUGCCGUCAAAAGCUUUGAGAAUUCUCUGGGGAUAAACGUGCCUCGCAGCCGUUUCUUGCCCGUCAAGACCACCUCCGAUCUUCUCCUGGUGAUGUCCAACCUGUAUAGCCUGAACGCUGGAUCUCUGACGAUGAGUGAGAAGCGGGAGUUCCCUACUGUGCCGCUGGUUAAACUGGGAAGCUCUUUCACGAAGGUUCAAGAUUACCUGAGGAGGUUUGAGAGCAUACCCGAUAUGCUUGAACUGGAUCACCUUACGGUUUCAGGAGACGUCACCUUUGGCAAGAAUGUCGCGUUAAAGGGCACGGUCAUCAUUAUUGCGAACCACGGAGACAGGAUAGAUAUACCGCCAGGAGCAGUUUUGGAGAACAAAAUCGUCUCCGGCAAUCUUCGCAUCCUGGAUCACUGAGCGGCUGUGAACUGUCAGUCCCGCCCCACCAACUGGAAGCACCUGUCGGCAUUAGACAUGUGUCCGCAGAGGGUCCUCUAUUAGUUACCCACUUAGUUAUCCUCCAGUAUUAUUUUCCAAGUAGAUUUUUCCUGUUCUUUCCGGAAGAUGCCGAAAGCCAGUUUCUAGAACGAUUUAACUCAGAAUUAAUAUAACCGAAAGUGCAAUAUUACUUGUCUUAAGAAAAGGCAGGCAGCUCUUGCGUUAAGACGUUUGACGUGCUAACGUUCCGUGAGUUUUGCUUGUAAACUGAAAAAAGCUGUGAAGCAAGAUGCCAUUGACUAUUAAUUUCAGCUACGUCAUGAAGUGUAAAAUGACUCCCUCAAGUUUAAAAAAAUAAAAACCAGACGUUUUGCUACUGAGGCAAAUAAAUGGUUAAAAAAAAUAUCUAGUACUGAAGUUGCUCACAUGACGACUUCACCUACCUUAUGUGUACUUCAAGCUAUGCUACUCUGAAAGAAAAGUUCGAUACCUCACGUUUUAUUCUGCUCUGGAGCUGGUGUGUUGUCAGUCUUGUGUUACUUACCCAAAGAAAAAGACACGUGCGAUGGAAGCAUCGGGAUUGUUAACUCCUGUCUUCAUCAGCCGCUUUCUUCUUCUCGCUUCUCUCGUGGUACCUCCACAUGCUCCGUUCUACUUCUUAAAUAACAGAACGAGUCUCCUCAUUGGUGUAACGUCCAUGCAGUCGGAUCAUGUGUUCCCACAAUUAAUAGAUGCAAACGUCAACAUCUGUACAGGUACUGAAAUAAAAAUCAAAUACCAUC